AUGUCGGCACAGCAUUUUCUGUGGGCGCUGCAGCGCUUUAUCGGACGUAGGGGUUUUUGUCAACGUCUAUACAGCGACUGUGGAACCAACUUUAUCUCAUCCGACAGGUCUCUAAAGCUGUGGACCAAUGAAUUCUAUAAAGGAAUUGAAGAGACAGUAGUUCCUGAACUUACUCAUCGAAACAUUCAGUGGCAUUUCAAUCCUCCACAUAGUCCAAACUUUGGAGGACUCUGGGAAUCCAACGUAAAAGCUGUUAAAACCCAUCAUUAUCGAUCGUUUAAUGGGAUUCGAAUGACGUACGAGCAGCUGUCUACCAUUCUUGUCCAGAUAGAAGCGUGCUUGAACUCUCGGCCAUUAUGCCCCUUAACGUCUGACUUAGAUGAUUUGCAAGCUCUCACCCCUGCACAUUUUUUAAUCGGGGAUUUGAUGAUGUCACUCCCUGAGCCUAGUCUUAAGGAUUCUUCAUUGAACACAGAGUUCCUGAAUGGUCAAUGGAUGUUUUGCCUCUUUUGGAGAAAAUGGAGUGCAGAUUGGCUAUCUCAUCUGCAGGCGCGCCCCAAGUGGCGCCACGAAACUGACAAUCUUCAGCGUAAUGACAUGAUCAUCAUCAAGGAUGAUCGAACUGGUCCUUCUGACUGGAAAUUAGGGCGAAUCAUCAUUUACAUCCUGGGUCCGAUGGGCUCGUUCGAGUAG